ACACGCAUGCUGCAGUCACAUGAACGCAGGAUCACAUUUAGUCUGUCUCAACGGCUGGAGCUGUCACUGACUUGAUAAACAGGAUCGGGCAGAGGAGCUCCAGGAACAUUUCCCUGGAGCAGAUCCGUCUUUCAAACAGGGGAGCGCUGACACCUUGAUAUUUCCACUGCUCAUAGUCGUUCUGUUGGUGCUCUGUCUCGGGAAAGAAAUCUAUAGAUUUUUUUUAAACUCCGUGUCCUUAUUUUUUGGAAGUGAUUGCAUUUUAUUGCAUGCUUUCUCGUUUUAUUAAAGUGAGCAAGAGCUUUUGACCUGUUGGUGCCAAUUAGGGAGUGCCAAGGACAUGUUGUAGGUUGUUCUCUCCAUCACUGGUACUUGGGUACAUUGCAAGGCAUGGCAGAUGAUCAGUACCCUCACUAGGAUCUAUAUUAUUUUAAGGACUAGUAGGAGAUGUUUGCUGUUAGUGUGCCUGCAGCUCAGACCAUGUCUCAGACGGAGGUAGACCUUUCAGGCUGUGGCAUUGCCUUCCUGCCAGAAGAUCCAGCAGAACUUUCUACCUUGGCUGAACUGAGGAGAAGGAGGUUGUCAGGAAAGGAACCCAGGAGAAACUCUUAUCAGUUCAACAGGAGAAGUUCAGCUCAGUUGGAACUCUUGGGCUAUGACCCACCUGGCACAUCUUUCUCUGCUUGGUCCCCUGAAGAGCCCACACCCUUGGGAGAAAUAGUGGUCCCAAUUCUGGAAAUGUCCCCUAACACAACCUGCUGCCCCAGUACCAAUGCAGAGCCAGAUUGUUUGCUGCCCUCUGUGGAAUUGUCCAAAACUACUGUGGACAGCUCAGAGUCUGGAGAUGAAGCUUCAAGCACUAAAGGACCUUCUACACCUGCUCCUAAACCUGCAUUGGCAGGAAACAGGCGAGAGCUGGAGGAAAUUGAGGAGAAUGAGACCAAGGCUGUGGCCACUUCACCAGAUGGGAGAUACUUGAAAUUUAACAUUGAGAUUGGAAGAGGUUCUUUUAAAACGGUUUACAAAGGUUUAGAUACAGAGACAACAGUAGAAGUAGCUUGGUGUGAACUGCAGACCAGAAAGCUGACGAAAGCUGAGAGGCAGAGGUUCAGUGAAGAAGUUGAGAUGCUAAAGGGCCUGCAACACCCAAACAUUGUCAGGUUCUAUGACUCCUGGAAGACCACCGUCAAAGGGCAGAUCUGCAUUGUCCUCGUCACUGAACUCAUGACAUCAGGAACCCUAAAAACCUACCUAAAGCGAUUUAAGGAGAUGAAACUGAAAGUAUUACAAAGAUGGAGCCGUCAAAUCUUGAAAGGUCUUCAUUUCCUCCACACUCGCUGCCCUCCCAUCAUCCACCGUGACCUGAAGUGUGACAACAUCUUUAUCACAGGUCCCACUGGCUUCGUAAAAAUUGGAGACCUUGGUCUGGCUACGUUGAAAAGUGCCUCCUUUGCAAAGAGUGUCAUAGGUACACCAGAAUUUAUGGCUCCUGAGAUGUAUGAAGAAAAGUAUGACGAAGCUGUGGAUGUUUAUGCCUUUGGAAUGUGUAUGCUUGAAAUGGCUACGUCUGAAUAUCCUUACUCUGAAUGCCAAAACGCAGCACAGAUCUACCGCAAAGUGACCUCAGGCAUGAAGCCAGACAGCUUUUAUAAAGUUAAGGUUCCUGAGCUUAAAGAGAUCAUCGAAGGCUGUAUACGCAUGAACAAAAAUGAAAGGUACACUAUCCAGGACCUCUUGGAACACUCCUUCUUCCAAGAAGACACUGGUGUCCAUGUUGAGUUAGCCGAAGAAGAUGAUGGAAUUAAACCAGCCUUGAAACUCUGGCUUAGGAUGGAUGACACAAAAAAGCUUCAUGGCAAGUACAAAGAUAACAACGCCAUAGAGUUCCUCUUUGAGUUGUAUAAGGACAUUGCGGAAGAGGUGGCUCAGGAGAUGGUGGUACUAAAUUUUAUAUGUGAAGCUGACUACAAGCUGGUAGCCAAAGCCAUCCGGGAUCGAGUGUUAUCUAUAAAAAGGAAAAGAGAGAAGGUAAGACGGGCUCACGAGGAGCUGAACAAAAAAGAAGAGGAGAAGCAGCAGAACAUCCUCAAACUUCUUGAUCAGCUGAGAGGUUCUCAAAAUUCCACUCCAUCGCCCAUCUCUGAUGUUGCUCCUGGAGCCACUUCACUCCCUCUUACCUCUGACUCAACAGAAAGGACGUUUCCCCCAGAGCCAGAGGAACCAGAGGCUGAUCAGCAUCAUCCCUUCAACUUCAGACCUACCUGUUAUUCCUCAGCUACAUCGGACUGUGAAACAGAUGGAUACCUGAGCUCUUCUAGCUGUAUGGAGGCUGUGGAUGGCCAGAAAAAACCUUCCAAUGAUGUCUCACAAGAAGACUCUAAAAGUCCACCCAGCACAGAGCCAGAGAUAUGCUUCCCUGGGAGUAUCGCUGUGAGUGUGAAUACAGAGCAACUGCCUUUUCCUGUGUUGUCCAGUGAAAUUACCUCUCCAGUAGACAGUUAUGCUUCAGAUGUGGCCUCAGGGCUAAGCGAUGGCUGUGAAGGGCUUUCAGCUGGAGAACGAAGCAUUAAGUCACCUGCCAAAAAGGCCACCACUAAACUUCUGAGACGCAAAGCACGGUCAAGGCUGAGAAUUAUAAAUAUAUCAGAUAAAUGCGACCGGGUUGUUGAGUGCCAGCUGCAAACAUAUAACAAUAAAAUGGUUACCUUCAAGUUCGACCUGGAUGGAGAUAAUCCAGAAGAUAUUGCAGUGGUUAUGGUAAACAAUGAGUUCAUCAUGCUGUCUGAGAGAGAGAGUUUUACCAACAGGAUUCGGGACAUUAUUCACCGAGUGGAAACCCUCUUAAAAAAAGAAGCCAAUGGAGACAGAGACGAUGAGGGUGAAGAGUUUAGUAACAGCCCCUUGCCUCACAAUCUACAGGCUGAUCUCCAGCUUCAGGAGCUCUCACGCUCAUUUUCUUCCUCCUCUUUAAAUGAUUUGGUUUGUCCAAGUCCAACCAAAGGAGUGCCUUCACAAGGUUAUCUCUUCCAGAGUAGCCCAGUACUGGACAGUGAUAUUUUUGGCACUGCUGGACCUCUGCUUACGUCAGCAGAUCUUGGAUCUAAAUCUCACCUACCAGCAAUGUCUACAGGUUCUCCUAUGACAGCCAGCAGAACAUGGCCCUCUUUUGAAACUGCAUCAAAUCCAGCUGGUUCUUUCCCCUCAGGUUAUUCCAUGCCAACCUCACAGUCCUUUCCUCCUGCAAUUUUUAGUUCCAUGCAGUCUGGCAACUACCUCUCUUCCCUUCCCCAGCACAUGAUGCCUUCAUCUUCAGCAGGGCCUAUAAGUUCCCCAAACACUGUCUUUCCCAACCUGAUGGGAAGCCAUCAAAAUUCAUUGCAGCACAUGCUAAACAGUGGGAUGGUGCCACCAAAUAUAAACAAUGCUGUGUCUGCCCUAGCAUCUAGUGCACAGCCAGUGACUCAGUGGUCUCCCACUGCACCUAUGUUCUCACUGGCAAAUGUUUUAUCUUUAGCAAUGAGCAUGGCACAAACUUUAUUGCCAGUAGCAUCGCCUUCAACUGCCCAGCCUCCAGGAAUCCCUCCAGGAGGACCUUUAUUUCCUCAGGCAAUAUCUGGAGCAAUUCAGUCUCCUUUAAUGUACCCACAAAGCUACUCACAGCCUCAAAGUCCAGUUAAGGAGAGUCCUACUGCCCUGGGUCAAUGCCAAUAUAUGUAUCCUGCUGGACCUGCACACUCCUCUGGACUUCUGCUUCAGAACAUGCCUGCUCAAAAUUUUUCGAACAUUGGUGGUACUUUCCUGCAGCCUUUCGUCCCACAGGAGACCCUGCCACAGAGUGGGGUGAUUGCCAGCAACUUGCAGUCUACAAGUGUACCAGGAUUUCAGCUGCAACAUCCACAACAGAUCAAGGAAGGUCCACCUCCAGUUGUUCCACCAGACCAGUCUAGGUUGCCACCAGUACUAGGAACCUUCAACGAAGCAUCUUCUGCACCUCUUGGAAAUAAGACCUCAGAGGCUACUGGAUCUGUCGUGGGACAGACUAUGAAUAAACCUGUGCAAUCCAUAACUAGCGAAAGUGGUCCACCAUCACCUAUAUCCACGUCUAAACCUCUGCCAUCAGCUGCCUUAGGCAAUGGAGUCCAACCAAAGGUUGUAGGAAGAUUUCAAGUCACAACCUCAAAAGAUCUGCAAGAAAGCAGUCCUGAAUGCAGUGUGAACAGCAGCCCUGAAACUUCCAAGAGAUCAGAGGCAAGGUCAUCAGAUACUACGCCUGACGUGUAUGAGACAGCUUCUUCGGACACAGACAUCAGCACUGAUAAUGCAACAGAGGGACAUGACUUUUCCGAACCUGAGAUAUUCUCACCCUGUAGUGUGGACACACUAAACACAUACAGUUACAGACAUGAUACCAGUUCAGAGUCAGAAGCUUUUAGUCAGGAGAGGCUUGGUGCUUUUCGUAGUGACAGUGAUAGACUGACUCUUAUGAGCAACAUUACUGAUACAGAAGAUAGCUGUCCAUGUGUGCUUAACAAUAAUACUAACCCAGAAAGUGAUCUGGGGUAUCAGGUCAAUUCAGGGGUGCAGUCUCACAGUAAGGCUGGUUGUAUUGUGAAUGGGGACUCUACACUAGACAACAAAAUGGCAAUAGUGGGUGAUGGGCAAGGCAGUGAUUCUGUAUCUUCUAGUGGAGAGGAGAAUGAGAAGACACCACAACAUAUUUCAACAGUGCAAGUCUAUUUGCACUAUACAAGAGGAAUUGUGUAUCUUAGUAGUGAUGACACAGAGAGUGAGGAUGAAGAAAUUUUUGAGGAACUACAGCAACUGAGACAAAAACACAUGUCUGAAGUACAGUUGUUACAGGCUUUACAGAAGAAGGAGAUUGAAGAACUUUAUUACAGGAUGGGCAAAGUGCCUCCCCCUGGCAUUGUGUCCCCAGCCGCUAUGUUAUCUAACAGACAGAGGCGCCUGUCGAAGGGUAGCUUUAAUCAAUCGAGAAGGAACAGCUUGCAGAGGCUUGAGCUCAUGCCAGCAACUGGUUUCAUUCGGAAAAAUUCUCUUGGAGGGAGCAGCACUGGUUCCCAAGAACAACGAUUAAACAAAGGGGUGACCUUUUCUGGGGAUAUGACCAGAAUGGCAACGACUGGAAGUUCUAGCAGCGAAACAAGUGAACAGGAUGAAAAAGAGAAAGUAAAGUAAAUACUCAAAACGACAAAACACUUGAAGAGAAAUAAAAAAUGGACUACCUCAGACAAUUGGCCUUUUGUAGUAGCCACUAGAGAUAGACUCUUGCUAUAUGACAUCUCCUGCUUGCCAGGAGCUAAACCGGGUUGCCUUGGAUGUAGAUACAGCUUGCUAUGGACAACAAAAGGCAAUACUUCUGAUGUUCUGAUGGACAACUUCAAGGAACUUAAUGGCUUGGACCAUAGCUACCAUAGAGACUGUUACUACGAUGGAAUCUGCUUACAGAUGGAGGUCAUUAAAGGCAUGGUUGCCAGCUAACAUGUACCAUGCUUUUAGAGCCGCAGCAGAGUUAUUAAAUGACAAUGUUAAUGACAAUAUCUAGUAGUAGCAGGUUGCUGGUUUCAGCAGAAAUUCUCUCGAUCAUGCACUUUGCACUUCUUUAGAAGAAAGUCUGUAAAAGUCUUCUUCCAACAUGUUUCGCUAUCUUUUCCCUCAAUGUAAAGCUGCCAAUUAUUUUGAAAGCGUGAAUGUGAAUUAGCCAUAGAAUUAUGAAAUGUUUUAAUAUGCUUUGUAUGCUGGGUGGGACAUGCAGCUAAGCUGGUAUGUAGAGAUACAUUUUCUUUGUGUUUUUAAGGUUAGCCCAAGGUUUCAGGGGGAUAAACUGAGCUAUUCAGUGAAGUGAUCUAAUAGUUCACACAGGAAAAGCAAUGAUUCCUACACAGGUCUUCUUACUGUAUGAAUGAAUGUAUCAGGGCCACACAGCUUGCAAAGCUACCAGAGGUGUCCUUCCAAUAUGUUUUGGAAUUCUGUAAACUUAUCAGUGGUAGAAAAAAUCUGAAAUUCCAACCAUACAUGCAAAGUUAUAGAGUAUAAACCUAAUUCCCCAGUGUUCUAUUCUUGUCAUCUCAUUCACAUUUGAAUAAGUACAGCUAUAAACUGGAAGUUCAACCACAAGUUACAACCAAUCUGAUGCUGACGAGUAUCUGAUGGCUCUAUGAAUGUAUGCAUGACAAGGACGAUGGGCACAUAUCUAUAAGCAGGUUUUAAAAUCCCAGCAUGAACAGAGGUGUGAGGUGUAAAAUUAUCAUCCCUUUAAUACUUGACAGAUUACUUAUGCUGUAGGGCUGAUCAUUAUGUAAUAGUUUAUAUAUAACUUGGUAAUAAAUUAACCAAUGCCAUAUGUAGCAUAUGCCUGGACUAACUUCAGCUGACAGGAGAUCCUGCCUCAUAAACAGUACUUUUAAACUGUACAUAUGCCGUACUAUUGAUUUGCUUAUAUAAAGCUUGGUUGCAUCACUGUC